UGGAGCUUACAGCGUUUCACGAUCAAGUUCAAGCUCGGCUGGACCCAGAACGACCCUUGGGACGACGAGAAGACGUACAACCCCGAGUCUACUGCCUUCCCGCGUGAAGCUUUCCGCCGCCAGCUCUUCUCCCACGCCGACCUCGUCUUCAAGCACCAGCACCGCCUCUUCCACUUCACGCUCCUCGUCGACGGUGCUCGCUUCCGUGUUGUUUUCUGGGACCGUACCGGGAUCGCGGUG